AUGGUUUCGAGCACAGCACUGGAGCUGCUGCUGGCAGAAGUGGUCCCUGCAGCUCUCCGAGUGUCGCAAGAAUUGACAGAGCCGGAAGAGGGCUCCAAAAUGGCUCCGUUUGGAUACUUGGUGGACUCGGAAAGCCACUUGGACAACGUGUACUUCCGGGUGGAGGGAUACGGAUACCGUGUGGGACGGGGCAUCGCCGAGAGCUUCUCCAACGAACGACCACACUUUGCAGAUACGCUGGACAUGAUGAAGUUCAUCUGCAAAGACGUGUGGCUGUUGCUGUACAACAAGCAGGUGGACCAUCUCAAAACCAACCACAGAGGCACGUUUGUGUUUGUGGAGAACCAAUUUCGAGGCUGUCAACGCAUGAGUGCCAAGGGAGGCCAGGUCGAGACCAUGAAGGGGGCUACUCCGUACCUGUGGUUCCCCGUGGGUGUCAUUAGAGGAGUUCUGGCCGCUCUGGGAAUCCAGGCCGACGUGACGUUUGAGACCACUCAGUUGCCGGUGGUCUACUUCAACAUUCACGUUGUGCAGUGA